UGUAGUGGCUGGGGACGGGAGGAAGGUCCGAGAUGUGCGUGUGAUCCGUGUGCGCGGUGCCUUUUAGCGUCGCUGAGAUGGCUCCCGCGAAGAAGGGCGGCGAGAAGAAGAAGGGGCGCUCUGCCAUCAACGAGGUAGUAACUCGGGAAUACACCAUCAACAUUCACAAGCGCAUCCAUGGCGUGGGCUUCAAGAAGCGAGCACCACGCGCUCUCAAGGAAAUCCGUAAAUUUGCCAUGAAGGAGAUGGGCACUCCUGACGUUCGCAUCGAUACCAGAUUGAACAAAGCAGUCUGGGCUAAAGGAAUAAGGAAUGUUCCUUACCGUAUCCGCGUGCGUUUGUCCCGAAAGCGCAAUGAGGAUGAGGAUUCUCCCAACAAGCUGUACACUCUGGUUACCUACGUACCAGUCACAACAUUCAAAGGUCUACAGACAGUCAAUGUGGAUGAAAAUUAAAUGGAUUUUAAUUACAAUAAAAAGAUAAAAUAUA